CAAACACCGCGCAAUAGUAGAUGAGAAUGAAUGCAUAUUGAUUGGAAGGAACAUUUGCAUUAUAUUGCUAAGUUAGCUUCAAAUAAAGAAAUCAGCUAAGAAACAAUCGAUCACAACGUUUCUCUCCUCCGUCUCAAAUUAAAUCCAAAUCAAAUUCCGAUCGUCGGAGAUCGAGGAUAGGGAUGGAUCAGCUAUUGGGGAAAAUGGGUUCUUAUUGGGUUGGCCAGAAAGCCACGAAGGAGCUCAGUUCCGUCGGUGAUGACAUCAAUUCCAUGUCAAGCAGUAUAGAAGGGGGAGCCAAAUGGUUGGUUAACAAAAUCAAAGGAAAAGUUCAAAAGCCAUUACCAGAGCUGCUUAAAGAGUAUGAUUUACCGAUCGGCAUAUUUCCUCGGGAUGCUACGAACUAUGAGCUAAACGAAGAGACAGGAAAGCUGACUGUGUAUAUACCCUCUGUAUGUGAACUGUGCUACAAAGACUCCUCCGUUUUGAGAUUCAAUACAACAGUGAAUGGGCGUCUUGAGAAAGGGAAGCUAUCUGACAUUGAAGGAAUCAAAACAAAGUUUGUGAUUUGGGUUAAAGUCUCUGCAAUCUCUUCUGAGAAUUCCUCUAAAGUUCUUUUCUCAGUUGGUAUGAAGAAAUCAAGAAAUAGGGAUGCUUAUGAAGUUAGCAGAGAUGGAACAAGUGUAGAUAAGUUCUAAUUAUUAGUGACAUCAAACUGGAAAUGGAAAAUGUGUGAACUCUCACUUUUAAUAUGCACUAAAAAAGCU